AUGCAGCAGCCACAGGGUGUCGAUGCGGGCUCGAACUACAACAGCAAGAUGGGCCAGAAGACCAUCGUGCGCGUUCGUGCCAACGCCAAGGCCGUCGAGAGACAGGAGAAGAUCUUCACGAACUGGAUCAACUUCAUAUUGAGGCAGCGCGGCCUUCAGAUCUCGAGCGUGCUCAGCGACCUCGAUGACGGCCUCAUCCUCAUCCAGCUGGCCGAGAUCCUCAUCGGUAAGACCGUCGCCGCCUACGAGAGGAACCCCAAGCUCAUGGCUCAGAGACUGUCCAACAUCUCCAUCGCCCUCAAGUUCUUCUCUGACAACCACGUCAGGUGUACUGUCGGCCCCAAGUGUACCAAUGACGAGAAGACGAUUCUCGGGUUCAUCUGGCUUCUCAUCCGUCAGUUCCAGCUCAAGAGCUCCACCGAUUCGGUGGCCGCCGGCCGACUCUCGUCAGCUCGCGACGAGGACCUGGACGUGCUGGAGAGGGAACUGAGGAGGGCCAUGGAGGCCGCUCAGCAGAAGCCCGCCGAGCAGCCGGCUGCACCCCCCGCGGCCGCCGUUGCCGUGGUCGAUUCGGAGAAGAAGGUGCAGCGCGAGAGGACGAAAGAGAAGCCCGUCAUCAAGGACGGCACGCAUUCGACCGUCGUGUCGGAGUCGCUCAAGGGAACCAAGUUCAGGGUGAAGCAGGCACAGCUGGAGGACAGGUGCAGCAAGUGCUCCCAACUCAUCUCCGACGAAACUAUGAUCCAGGUCGACUCGGGCGCAAACUACCACAUGAGCUGCUUCACAUGCUCGGCGUGCUCGGCGGCGUUCGACGACGUCUACUGGGAACACGACGGCAAGGCCCUGUGCGAAAAGCACUACCUGCAGACGGCCGGAAAGGAGUGCGUCAAGUGUUCGGAGCUGAUCAGUGGCCCACUGGUCAAGGCGAUGCACCAGAACUGGCACUACUCCUGCUUCGUGUGCACGACCUGCCAGAAGCCCUUCGAGGGCGACUACUGCACCAUCUCCAACGCGCCCUACUGCAAACAGGACUACUACAGGAAGAAGGGGUGGCUGUGCGCCAAGUGUGACAAGGUGGUGGGCAAGGGAGACAAAUCGGCGCUGGGCAAGGCGUGGCACAAGGGGUGCUUUGUGUGCACCACGUGCGAUCAACCCUUCGGCUCGGCCGGCUUCUUCAACCUGGGCGGCAGGCCAUACUGCCCCGUCCACUACAGAGAGAAGAACACCGCGGCCGGCCUCACAGCUUCCGGCAGCCGCCCCGCGGUCACCGCCACCAGCAGCAACUAA